UUCUCUGCCCCCACCUCCCAUUGGUGCAAACCUAGCGCGCCUGCGCGAGUUUGUGUUUCUUCCGUGACGGUAGCCGCAGGUAUCUUCCUGCUGUUGCUUUCGGACCGAAUCUGCCUUUGUCACCGGCCUGCAGCGGGGGCGGCUGCAAACCGAAUGUGGGCCGCUAGCAGUGAAGUCCCGGGAAGGGAAGGGGUGUGAAGCCUCGGGUGGAUCGUUGGUGUGGGGUACGUGAUGGACAGGGAUUUCUCGUUGAAUAGAGGCUAACGCUGAGCAUGGGUGUUGCCUUCUGCCCCCCCCGCGUUAGGAUCCCGCAGAGGCUAGGCCGGCAGAGGGGCCCCAUGGCUGAAGACAACCGAGAGCCCCUGGCAGGAGCCGGCGCUCUCCGGGAAGCCCUCUGGGCGCUCCUGCCCCCCACGAAAGAGGAGCUGGUGCCGGAGCUCGGGGAGAAGGUGGAGCUGGGCGCGGCGCGGCUACUGCAGGAGGCCGCUGAGCAGUUCUGCGGGGGCCGCCGGAGCGAGUGUCUGCAGGCCAGCGAGGCCAUCCUGGACUACUCCUGGGAGAAGCUCAACACGGGCCCGUGGCGGGACGUCCACAAGGACUGGCGCCGCGUCUACGCCUUCGGCUGCCUGCUGAAGGCUGUGUGUCUGUGCGAUGAGCCCGGGAACGCCCCCGCGGUGGCAGAGGCCCUCAAAGUCUGUGACAUGGGCCUGCUGAUGGGGGCGGCCAUCCAUGGGGACAUCCUCAUUAAAGUCGCUGCCGUCCUCCAGGCGCACCUCCCCUCAGGAAAGCGGCCCGGCCCAGCCCGGCAGCAGCCCGGCACAAAGAAAGCGAGGAACGACGGUGUUCCAGUUCCAGAUGUGGCAUCAGAGAGACCGGUCCCCCGGCUUCGCUGUCCGUCCCUCCAGCAUUUCAGGAAGCAGUUUCUGGCUCCCGGGAGGCCUGUGAUCCUGGAAGGUGUGGUGGACCAGUGGCCGUGCAUGACCAAGUGGAGUCUAGAGUAUAUCCAGGAAAUUGCCGGCUGUCGAACUGUCCCAGUGGAAGUCGGUUCCAGGUACACAGAUGAAGAAUGGUCGCAGACUCUCAUGACGGUCAACGAGUUCAUCAGCAAAUACAUCCGGGAUGAGUCGAGGGACGUCGGGUACCUCGCGCAGCACCAGCUCUUUGACCAGAUCCCGGAGCUGAAGCGGGACAUCAGUAUCCCCGACUACUGCUGCCUGGGCGACGGGGAGGAGGACGAGAUCACCAUUAAUGCCUGGUUUGGUCCCCGGGGAACGGUGUCCCCCCUUCAUCAGGACCCUCAGCAGAACUUCCUGGUCCAGGUGAUUGGCAGGAAGUACAUCCGGCUGUAUUCCCCACAGGAGUCAGAGGCUUUAUACCCGCACGAGACGCACCUUCUUCAUAACACGAGCCAGGUUGACGUGGAGAAUCCCGACCUGGAAAGGUUUCCCAGGUUUGCCGAGGCCCCGUUCCUGUCCUGCGUCCUGUCUCCCGGAGAGGUCCUGUUUAUCCCGGUUCAGUACUGGCAUUACGUGCGGGCUCUGGACUUGAGCUUCUCGGUCAGCUUCUGGUGGUCGUAGCCAGGGUCCGAGGAUCUGAGACACAUUCCCCGUUCUACCCCUGGUCCGGCGCUGGCUCCCGGCAUCUAGAGACAAGCCAGACUUGGCCUGUGCCGAAGCCUUCACUGGAGACCCGUCUGGGCACUGGACAGACACAGGGUGAGGGCGUGGCAAGGCGCAGGCUCCAGGCCAGCGUGCAGCAGAGGCCGGUGGGUGAGACCCCAGAAGGACAUUCCAGGCCAACACUCCACCCGGAGACCCUGGGCAUCAUGCGGCUGAGGUGCUGGGGCCACGGGCUGGCUGUGUGCACAGCUGUAGAGGGUGGGCUCUGAGGUCAGCUGCCUGGACUGAGACCCCGUCCCCCAGCUUCCCUGCUGUGGAAGAGUUGGGACACUUCACUGUGUGCGUGUCUCCGUGUGGAAAACAGGGCAGCUCGAGCACCUGCCACGGAAAGUUCGAGAGACGGUGCUCGGACAGAGCCCGGGCGGGUCUGUGAGCAUUAGCUGCUGUCUGAGCUUAAUAAUUACUGUGAUUGCCACCGACUUGUUUGUCCUGUUUGGCCUGACAGGACAGCCCCAGCCCACAGACUCUGGCGCCGGGCAGGCAGAGGCUCAGCCCAGCCCUGCUGGCUGUGGCGGCGGAGAGUCUGGGGAGGUUUCUGCUGUCCCUGUGUGUGCACGGCCUGACCCACAGCCGUGGCCAUCUCCUAGGCUGCGUUUUCAACUGCGCCCCCUCCCGGCAGCCAGUCCUCACGUCAUGAAACCACCCUCCGUGGCCCCCAGGACCCCCCUCCUGCCCAUCAGUCUCAUUCAUUCCCCCCUCGCAGACAAAGCCUUCGCCCAGGGGAGCGGGUGCCCCUGCAGGUUAGCUCCACGUCCCUGCAGCGCCAGUGCCCACAGUCUCCAAGGUCCCAGGGAAGAUUCUGGCAGGCGGGGAACCGGUGAGGUGCGAUCAGGGCCUGGCUGGCACGUGCCCCCCUGGGUAACCAAGAGCAGGGCAGGGAGGCAUCAGCGGGCGGCUGGAAGUCUAGCCACCCGCGUCCUCCGCAGGCAGCCAGGGCCUCUGAACUUCAUCACACAGGGCUGGGGCUCCACGGUUUGGAGCAGGGGGACCGUCCGUGCAUGCAGUAGGUGGGCUGUUGGCAGAUGAGGGGGAGUCCAACACCUGCGGGGAGACCGUGGAGCAGAUGCGGAGUGAGGUCAGGGCGCGGCAGGGGCACUGGGGACAGUGGCAAAGCCCAGCUCUUUGGGAAGCAAAACGGCGGGCUCUCUGCAGAGACUGCUUGUUCCCUUCUCAGGCGUUAUUAAUAGUUCUUUGUCUAAUUUUUCAGAUGAAGAAUUUAUACCACAUAUUAACACCCCUAAAGGUAGCAGGGCAUAUGAUAGGAGCCCCUGCGUCUGGCACGCUGGCUGUCGAAGGGGAGUGGGCCAUAACUCAGGGGGUCUGCCUGCAUCACUCACAGCACCCCCCCUCCCAACCUAAGGGUGGCUGUGUGGCUCCAGCCUCCACGAUCCAUCUCUCCCGCCUGGUGGCCCCACUCAUGCGCUACGCCGCCAUUCUCAUCCACUGGGGGGACAAGAGGACAUGGUCAUUAACACAUGACAUGGAGGCCUGGCUGCCUCCAGCAAAUGUCCCUUGUCAGGUGAGAAGAUGGCAACAGCCGAGAUCUUCACGUGCCCUCUGUGCCGGGCUGCAAGGCCACCAGCAACCACGGCGAGCCAGAGGGCUGGCUUCAGCUCGGAGGAGUGUGGACUUGAGUCCGCUUGGAAAACGAGUUAUCUCCGGCCAUUCGCUGAGCCAAGGUGGGGCGAGCACGGGGCCACCGUCCCCCACCCGCCCCAGCUGCAGAGGCCUGCUUGGGGCCCAGUCUGAUGCAGGCACGUGUGGCCUCCAGCCGGACGCAGCCCUGCCCUGGUAUCCGGAGAGGAGGGACAUUGCCGUAAGGUACAGAUCAUGGCGAGGGCUGUGAAGGGACCAGAAUUGGGGGGACCGGGGACAGGAUUUAGCACAGACAACAUCUGCCGGAGUAACCAGGAGGCCAGAACCAGCCACGAGGGUUGAGGUGGAGCAGCAGGUGCAGCAGUCCUGGGGCAGGAAGGCUCUGGCGCUGGGGGAGCACAGGGAGCCCGAGACUGCACCAGCAGGGGGAGGGACGAGGGUGUGGAGCCAGGGAGAUGGGUCUGCGAGCUGCUGUGAGGAGGGACAGAAGGAUGAGCCUGGAAAGUGGAACAGCCGUGAGUGUCACUUGUCCCAUCAGUUCCCAGAAGGACCAAGUCAGGAGUGUCAGCAGGGAGCAGAGCAGGGAUGACAGCCUGGCAGGGAGGCGGGCAGUGGCCCGAUCCCAAAAGCCUCGAGCACCAGACACGGUCUUCAGAAUUGCGUUCUGAAUUGAGGUUCUGUCAGGUGCUGUCAAGGAGUCCUCGGGAAGUUCACGUUGCGAUCAACACAGGGAGAUGGAGACGCUGGCAGGCCCAUGUCCCCAGGGGCCAGGUGCUAAGAGCUUCUGGAGUCACAGCUAAGGACUCCCCUGGACCUGCAUGGUAUGACCCUGCCCCUCCUCGAUGGCCAGACCCGGCUGGUCAGGCAGGAAGUGAGCUGUAGGAACCCUCGGGGCCCUCCCAAACCCCCAGCUCCAAGGUUCAUCCUUUUUCCACCGACUUUCCUGCCUUCCUGUCACCUCUGCAGGCUUCCUCGUACCCUCCUGAGAAAGCCCUUCUCUGGUUAAGCCAGUGGGGAUGCUUUCCGUUGCCUGCCCGACACUACUGACCUCCCCACGCAGUCGGGGGGCACCCAUGGGCCUCUCUGGGUGGGCUGCGCUGGGAGCUCCAGCUGGAAGCAUCCUCACAGCCUGGGAGCCGCGCGAUGAGACCCACCCGAGGCCAGGAGGGCCAGCCUCCCCCCAACCGACACCAUUUCAUGUUCUAGAUGCUAGACACCCCCUGUGCCUGGGCUUGUGGAACGGACCACGGGUGGAGGCCCCCUGCCCAUGUGGUGCACAGUCCAUUCCCCGUUUGCCUGAUAAGAGCAUCUGGUUCUCUUCAGGAGAUAACUCUGUGGCCCCGGGGCAAGCCCCGAUGUGCCAGCGCCAGCUGGACUGUGGCAUCCUCACCUCCGUAAGUAGCCAGAGGGCGCCGUGUGCUGCGGCAGGCGAGCCAGGUUACAGAGACGCGCCACGCCCUCUGCCUCCCGACACUGGGCGUUGGUGUGUGAGGCCCGGAAGGAGGGUCAGCGGGAAGAAAGUGGCUGGAUCUCCCGGGAGACUGUGAGCACAAGGCCCGCUCCGUGAAAAUAGAGCAGAGGCAGUGGUGUGGAGGCCUGGUGACCUCACCCGGACCCGCCGGCUCAAGCCUCUCCCGCAGGACCCCUUGUUUUAGCCAGACUGGGUUGGGCUGACUGAUCUGGGUGGAAGAGACAGAGAUGGGCGUCAGGAGUGUGGCAGGUGCACUGAGCAGAGACGUGUGGGGAAACGGGGACCGAGGUCUGGAAGCUGUGACAAGAUCCAGAGAGCGGCCGGGGAGCAGGCCAAUGGCGGGAAACCAGGGAAAGUGUUUGGGCUGAGGGCACAACAUGUGCAAGGCCUCAGCGGCCAGGAACAGAGGGCACUUUCGGAACGGCAGGAAACACCAUGGGGGGAGAAACGGGGGGAUCGGCAAGAUGGGCCUCAGCACUGGCCCCGGAGUCUUUGGUCUGAGGCAGGUGCACCACGCUGACGGAGUUGGGGGGCAGAUCGCCGCGGUGGAAAAGCCCGGAUCCGGCAGGCCGGCUGCAGCCAGGAGCAGAGCUGGCGGAGGAGGCAGGGCGCUUGGACAGGGUUUGGUGGCUGGCUCGAUGCAGGGGAGCCGGGGUGGAGGCAUCUAGGCCGAAGGACGGCUGACGGUGGGGCUGCCCAUCGCCAGGCAGGGUGGAGGAACCCUGUGAGGAGAGCAGCCCCCAGCCAUCAGGCAAGCUGCAUCUUGGGCCAGAGGGUCUGGACUGUGAGAGGCUGGAGAGGGCCGGUAUUGCUGGGACGGGUGACCCAAGCCGGGGCCUGAGGCAGAGCCGCCGGGCCGGGGUCGUGCGGGAGGAGCUCUGCCAGCUUGCCCAGCUGGGACCCAAGCCAACGGGUUCUCCGUUACCCGGAAGCCCAGGAGAGGACCAGCCAUCACAGGAAGCCUCCUGGGGCCGCGCGACCACAGACCGAGGCUGCAGCAAGGACUCCUCAGUGACUUUUAUUCCAAACCUGCUCACACGUGAACGUAAAGCAGGGGGGUUCGACACUGCCGCUCCUCUCCCAAACCAGGCUUACCCGCGGUCCCCCACCGCGCCAGCUAGUGCUGCCGGGACCGCAAGGACCUCUUGGUGGCCCUGGACGUCCCAGCCUCCCGCUCCUUCUCGGGGUCGAAGACUUCUGGGCACAGAAAAGACCAGAAGGUGUCCCCUCGGUCCUGCCACCAGCCCCUCCCGGAGAUCAGGGUGCAGCCCCCCCAGCACCACAGGGACACGAACCUGGUAUCUCAUGGGGCCAGUAGUCAUUACAGUGGGGGCAGCGUGGCUCGGAAUUGGACUGGAAAUACUUCGCCACACAAGGUAAAUGCAUUCUGAUCCCACACGUCUCGCAGCUUUGACCCUGAAACCAGCAAGGGGAUAGCCAUGGAGCCUCGUGCACCCCUCUGAGCUCACAGCCCUUCCACAGGGGUGAGGAGAAGGUCCAGCAGGCUCCAGGGUUUUGUCCUCCAGGCCUGAGAUGGACAAGGAGAACCCCAUAGCCCUCAGCACAGGGGCUUGUGCCCGUGCUUGUGUGUACAUUCAUUCUGAGAAACGAAUGUAGAUGGAGAACACUCCAGACUCUAACAGCGGGGCGCCCGGGUGGCUUGGUAGGUUAAAUGGCUGCCUGUGGCUCAGGUCAUGAGGCAUCCUGGGAUGGAGCCCUGCAUCAGGCUCUCUGCUCAGUGGGAAGCCUGGUUCUCCCUCUCCCUCUGCCCCUACCCACUCCCCGCCACCAUGCUCUUUCUCUCGCAAAUAAAAAUCUUAAAACUCUAAUGGGCAGAACUUGGUGAAUGGCGGGCCAGGCCACCCCAGGAACUUGGGCUCCCAGUGCACAUGGGCCCUCAGAGCGUGCAGAGCCGAGCACAUGGCUUCAGCCUUCCAGAAGGCCAUUUGGAAAUGUGGAGCAAAGGCUUUAAGAAAACAUGUCCACCGUGCCAGAAACUGCACGUCCGGGAAGCCAGCCCAAGGCAUCAAUUCCAGGAUAGCUGUGCAGAGAGGCUCGUCAGAGCGCCGCUGACGGCGCAGGAGAGGUAGGAGUCGGGGAAGAACCCCAGGCGUCUGGCGCUGGCUGCCCGCAGGGAAGCCCCGCCAGGCAGGCCGGCCGCGCAGAGCAGAAUAGCAGCGGUCCCCACGGCCAGACGUUCCCACGCCAGCGCCAGGAUGACACGGGCUACACGUGGCCUCUGAGAGCCCUGGCCUAGAGCUGAGGGACCGGGGGGGAGGGCAGGACAGAACGAGGCAUGGCAACGGCUCAGCCCCCUGCUCGCCAGCCCCUUGCCCGCCCGGCAGGCGCACGGCCCAGGGAGCUGCUCAGGGUUUCGUGCCCUUCACGCGGCCUGUUUCCACCAGCCCCAGCCAACAAACAGGUGCCCACGCCAGCCCCUCGGCACAGCCGCAAGCCGGGAACACCUAGGCCGAGACC